AUGGUAAUCCUCUUUAUCUACGUUUUGCUUUUAGUGUUGCCAUCUUCUGUUAGUGCUAGUUCAAGCAUAACAUUCAGUUCUGUGAUUGUUACACAAGUACAAGAUGCUCUUGCUCCACGGGAAAGUUCAAAUGAUUAUGUAAUAACUUCAAAGAAAUCAUACGAAGGAUUUUUCGUAGAUUCUGGUUUUACAAAUAGCACGACAACACAAAUAAUAUCAAUUUAUCAACAACAAAUUCGAUCAAAUAGUAAACCACCUAAAUUUGUUUUUAUUACACAUGGUCAUCCAGAUCAUUUAGCUGGUUUAUCUCUAAUUAAAAAGAUUUAUCCAACAACACCUAUUUAUGUUACUACUGAACAAGUUGCCGGAGAGGCUCUUAAAUGGAUGAAUUUUACUUGUACAAAUGGUUUUAUAUCAAUUGAUCAAUGUAAUAUCGAUUUCAAACGUGUUUUACGUGUUCUGACAUCACCACGAACACAAUUGACUUUUAAUGAUACAUCUGUAGAAUUAAGUGCUCUUAAUGUUUUAGUUAAAGGUGAAUCAUCGUAUGCUGGUUUUUUGGGAAUUUCAACUUCAUCAAAAGAUUAUUUACUCUUUACAGGUGAUGCAAUAACUAUUCGAUCUCAUUUAUGGGUUAGUAAUUUCUUUGAUACAAAUCAAUUACCAUCGAGUGAUGAUGCUCUUUGUGCUUGGACAGGGAACAUGAAAACAUCAGUCUGUGAUUUACAACUUGCUGGUCGAAAAGCGACAAUAUUUCCUGGUCAUGGUCCAAUAAGUGGUCCGCUUAACUAUACUAAAGAUAUUUCAAGAAAUAUCGCCUGGCUACGAACAUUAAGAAAUUUAACAUUUAAUAGUUGUAAUACAACAUAUGUUUGGAGCCAAAUGAUUCGUCUAUAUCCAGAUUUUGGUGAAAAACAUCUUGCUGCGAGUGGUGGUCUAACUACACAUAUACCUGCAGAUGCAAAUAGCGUCAAUUGUAAUUGUAUUAAUGAUUCUCCAACAAUUUGUCCAGUAUAUAAAGCACCACCUACAUGUCCAUAUUUAGAUAUUAAUGAGAGUGAUACAACACUCGCUUGUGAUAUACGUUAUACAUAA